GCACAUUUUUCAACAAAUUUGUACUCUGAAUUCCUGGAAGCAGCUCUGAACAUGAGUUUCACACAGUAUUUGCUUAAGAGAUCCAACCAUAUUUACAUAUUACAUUUAAAAUUAAAACCCAUUCCGCAUAUUAUUGUAAAAUAUCGUUAGACGUGAAAACUUAGCACGGUCAUCGGUUUAAUAUAAACCACUAUUUAUCUUAGAAAUGUCCAUCAUAUUUCUUGGAAUAUUAAUAUUGAAUUAUGCAUUUGUUGUAACCUCUUUCCAGCCAUAUCUGGACACUGAGAUAGAUUACGCGAGCAGUCCAGUUGACAUGAAAAAUUUGAUUGUACUCGAGUGUCACAUUGUGUUUGAACUUUUGAAGAUAUCGGAUAAUUGUGGCACGGCGUCAUUUUGUCCUCUAAACCGUCUUGAAUUACAAGACUACAUUGAUGAUUUCCAGUUGACCUUGCUAAAUGAUGUUGACAUUGAAAUUGAUCUUUUUAAGUCACUUUUCAAUCGCUCGAUUAUUGACGUAGAAGGUCUGGGAUCCGAUGCAGUCAAGCACCCCUUCAAGAUCUACAGGUCCUUGAGACGAAUGGUAAAAAUGCUUCCAACGCUAAUGAACUCAACCACUCGAAAAACGGACGAAGUCCAGGAAAUUAAGAAUUUGAUGACAGAUUAUAAAUUUCCAAAAGAUUCAGACUUGGAAACGUCAAUUUUUAAUGUGUUGCGCCUAAAUCAAAUUUUCAAACUAUCAUUUCUAGAUUUUCUGAAAGGAAAGGUGGGCCGCAUGCAAACAAAGUGUGGGCUUACCUCUGAGCAUCUUGUGGAGAUGGGUCGGCUGGCUUCGUCCAAUUUCAUGUAUGCUCAAGCCGUCGACGCAUUUGCUAUCGCAUUGUGGAAUGUAGUGAAACAGCAACAUGAGAGGAAGGCCGGUGUUAACAAUAAGGACAAGAAUACAGCACCGAUUAGCAUGGUGGACCCUUCUCAUACUGUCGGAAAUGUUAGUUCCACAGAAAUAUUCGAGUUAUUAAAUGAAGCAAUCAAAAAACAUGAUGAAAAAAUUCAAGGGAAUAUUGAAUUCGAGGACAUUCAACCCGAUUCUGGUCCCUUAUUGUUCAACGAUCUGCUUCACAACAUCAGUCACCCAAAUUUCAAGUACAGAACCCCCGCAAAACUGGAGACUGUUUUACCCAUUGCAAAUUAUGAAGAAGACGAUCCUCGUCUCCAAGUCAUAAAAUACGGCUACAAAUUUGAGCAGUUGUGUCGAGGAGAAGAGUUGAGAACUCCAGCUCAAAAAGCUUCCUUGAAAUGCUACUAUUCCUCAAAAUCUCACCCCGUGUUUAUUCUGAGCCCGUUGAAAAUCGAGGUGCACAACUUGGAUCCGUUAUUGCUUCAAUUUCACAAUGUUUUCUCAGAGAACGAGAUGGAAAUGUAUCGAAAUGAAGUGACUGGAGAACUCAGGGCGAGUAGAACAAUUCGAGCUGUAGAAAACGCCACGUCUUUAGUGAGUCGUCAUCGGACAUCUUCAAACGCAUGGAUUGAGGAUUUCUUCCACCCUCGAGUCUUCAAAGACUUGCUCCACAAGAUUGGAAGGAUUGUUCACGUCCACACGUUUAGACCGACUGGUUCUGAAAACAUGCAGAUCGCUGCUUACAGUCCCGGGGGACAUUAUGUGCCACACACUGAUGCAAUAUUCGAAGAAGAGGUUAAGGUGACACUUGACCCUACGGAAUUUCUUCGGGGUGAUCGCAUCAUAACAUUUAUGCUUUACCUUUCGGACGUGGAGGAAGGAGGGGGGACGGCGUUUCCACUCCUCAAUCACUUCGUACCACCAGAGAAAGGUUCUGCAAUGAUGUGGUACAAUUUGCACCCAGAUGGAAGCAUUGACAGGAGAACUCUUCAUGGCGGAUGCAGCGUUGUCUACGGUGUAAAGUGGAUUGCUAACAAGUGGGUAAGAAGUAACGACCAAUUUUACGCAAGAAAAUGCCCCACUGAAAUUCCAACUCCACUCUCAUGGCCAUUAGAAUUUCACGUUUAAUGCAACUUGUGUACGCAUUUCUCAAUUGGCAGUUCAUGAGAAGGAUUGUUUGAUAUUGGUUGUUCGAAAUAUAAAUACAGAUACUUUAAAACUUUA